ACAGCUGUUAUAUGCCGCCUUUUGGUCUAUUUGUGAACAGAACAAUAAAUCGCACCAAAAGCCACGAAAAAAUGCGAAAAUUCACAGCAUUUGCGUGCGGCACCAUUGCCGGCCUCUCCGCCUACUACAUCCAGCGACUGAACGAUCCCCAGCUGAGGGUCCACAACUCGUGGACGAACAGCGAGACGCCAAUUAGCGAUUGUGCGCUGUGGAACAGCAACUGGGAUUUUCGCGAUCCAAAGAGUCUGGUGCGGCCGCUAAAGAAUGACAAUCCGCAGGAGCAGAAUCGCUACAACAGCGAACUGGAGAAGCAUGUGCCAAAGAAAGCACGUCACAUCAUACUGAUCCGACAUGGCGAAUAUCUGGAUGUGGGCGACACUGAUGAUUCACACCAUCUGACUGAUCGUGGCCGCCAGCAGGCCAAAUAUACCGGGCAGCGUCUGCACGAGCUGGGCAUCACAUGGGACAAGGUGAUUGCCUCCAAUAUGGUGCGUGCCCAGGAAACGGCCGAUAUUAUACUCAAUGAGAUUGACUAUGACAAGGCCAAUGUGAAGAACUGUCCAUUUCUGCGCGAAGGUGCCCCAAUUCCACCACAGCCACCCGUCGGCCACUGGAAGCCUGAAGGAUCGCAGUUUUUCCGGGAUGGUGCCCGAAUUGAGGCCGCCUUCCGACGUUACUUCCAUCGUGCCUAUCCGGAGCAGGAGAAGGAGAGCUAUACGCUCAUCGUUGGCCAUGGCAAUGUGAUACGCUACUUUGUCUGUCGCGCCUUGCAGUUUCCGGCCGAGGCCUGGUUGCGCAUUAGCAUCAAUCAUGCAUCAAUCACUUGGCUGACAAUCAGUGCAUCCGGCAAUGUGUCCAUCAAGUAUCUGGGCGACUCCGGCUUCCUGCCAGCCAAGUUACUCACGAAUCGUAUACCCCGCGACGCCAAGAAUGUUGUCUAGUUCUACUUGAGGUCGAACUCGUUCCGCAAGCCGUUGAAAUUAUUUUGUAUUCCUUUUGAGAAGGCUCGUUCGCAAUUACAACACAAAUUAGGCAAGCACAAUGAUAUAUCUAUAUAUUUACACGUCUUGUCCACUGAAGUCUAGUAUUUUUUUUAAACUUAUGUACGUAAAUAAAAUGAAUUUAAAUUUGUAUAGAAGC